GGUAGUAGCUGGCUGGAGCGCUGACGAGCGGACGGGUGGACGCACGGGCCGAACGGACCCGCGGCGGAUGCUGAAUCUGAAGUCAAGAGAAAAUUCUGAAAGAUUGUGCUGAGCAAAUUACGUAUUGUAAUGCCUCAAAAGAUAACAAAGAAAAUGUAACUAGGUGUCUGGAGGAAACUCAGGGAGGGACUAGAGUGAGGGCAUCAAGAACCACUCAGCAACGAUGUCAGCAGAAGUGGAGACCUCUGAGGGAGUAGAUGAGUCUGAGAAAAAUAACUCUGUGGCCCCAGAAAAGGAAAACCAUACCAGAAUGGCUGAUCUCUCUGAGCUCCUCAAAGAAGGGACCAAGGAAGCACAUGACCGGGCAGAAAACACCCAGUUUGUCAAGGACUUCUUGAAAGGCAACAUAAAGAAGGAGAUAUUUAAGCGGGCUACAACUGCACUUUACUUCACAUACUCAGCCCUUGAGGAGGAAAUGGACCGCAACAAGGACCACCCAGCCUUUGCCCCUUUAUACUUCCCCAUGGAGCUGCACCGGAAGGAGGCGCUGACCAAGGACAUGGAGUACUUCUUUGGUGAGAACUGGGAGGAGCUGGUGAAGUGCUCCGAGGCUACCCAGAAGUACGUAGAACGGAUCCACUAUAUAGGGCAGAAUGAGCCAGAGCUGCUGGUGGCCCAUGCAUACACUCGCUACAUGGGGGACCUAUCAGGAGGCCAGGUGCUGAAGAAGGUGGCCCAGCGGGCACUGAAACUCCCCAGCACAGGGGAAGGGACCCAGUUCUACCUGUUUGAGCAUGUGGACAAUGCCCAGCAGUUCAAGCAGUUUUACCGGGCCAGGAUGAAUGCCCUGGAUCUGAAUCUGAAGACCAAAGAGAGGAUCGUGGAGGAGGCCAACAAGGCCUUUGAGUACAAUAUGCAGAUAUUCAAUGAACUGGACCAGGCUGGCUCUGCCUUGGCCAGAGAGACCCUGGAGGAUGGGCUCCCUGUGCACGACGGGAAGGGAGAUGUACGUAAAUGCCCCUUCUAUGCUGCUCAAGAAGACAAAGGUGCCCUGGAGGGCAGCAGCUGCCCCUUACGGACAGCCAUGGCUGCGCUGAGGAAGCCCAGUCUCCAGUUCAUUUUGGCUGCUGGUGUGGCCCUGGCUGCUGGACUCUUGGCCUGGUACUACAUGUGAAGGACCUGUCAUGCCAUGCUGGAGUCCUCCCAAGUGACCUCUGUCCUACUCCCAUCUCUACCCCACUAAUCUACCACCUCAGGUGACUUUUGAAAUGCUGGGUUUGAGAAAACAAGCAACCAAUAAAAGCUAGAUGCUAGCUCUGCCUGAUAGCAUCUUCUCUGUAGGCCAGAUGGGCACCAGGCAUAUGGGCUAUCAUCCUCACAGCAGCUAGCACAGUAGGGCAAGCCUGGAACAAGCUCUGCUCCAUGGCUUCUGCACCUUGAGCCCUAGGUGCAUUCCCUUCAUUCUCUAUCUUCACAGUACCUGAGGAAAUAUGUCCUUGCCCUGUUGGGAGUAAGCCCUAGUAGCCAGUAUGCCUCAGUUCUGUGGGAUGAGAGGGGUAAACAAUAUUGCUCAACUUCUGGGCCUUCUUUGGGGACCUGGGGGUGAGGUUGGGCCGAAGCCAGAAUCCUUCUCUGCCUCAGAGGCCCUAGAAGCUCUUUCUUAAUCAAGAGCUCCCAAAGGUGUGCAAGCCUGGGCUGUCCCCUCCCCUGGUCUGUGUAAAUGUUAUAGCAUUCAAUAAAAUGGACUCUGUA